AACCCCAAAAAGUGGACAAUGGUCAGUCGAUUUAAUACUAGUGCUACGUUACUGGUUAUUUUCUCAAUUUUCUAACCGGUUUUUGUAUGAAAUUGACGUUUCCUUUUAGCAGAAGAUGCCUCCCGUUCCCGGUGACCGAGAAGAAGAAGAAACCGCUUUCCAAAUAAUCAAUCAAGAUAAUUUUCCUAUAGCAGUGGUCGGCCAACCGAUUUUGAAAGCGUUCGAUCAAGACGUUCAAAAAUCCAAACCUAACGUAAUCGUCCAUCCGACUAGAAGAAUAAAUAAUAAUAAACUCGAAGAAAACAACGAUGAAAUUAAAAGGAAUAUUACUAAAUCACACGGGAAUUUAUGCCAUAACAACAGCGCCGAUCAAAUUAAUCUAGAAGGUAUUAAAAAUGAGCUAGAUACAGAGGCGUUUACCAAAACGUUAGAUUCGAAAUUGAAGAGGCUUCAAAAAUUUGAGGCGAAACAACAAAAAUUUUCUAAUAAUACCGAUCCACCAACAUUGAAGAAACCCUUUGUGACAACUGUGAAAAAAGGGCAAUUUCUAGAACCGCCGCCUGAGAUAGCAAAUCUUAUCGGUAUGAAAAUCGAUGAAACGAAAAUCGUGAAAAAAAAUCCAAAGGAAAUAAAGAAACUUUACGCUUUUUCCAGUCAACCGAGAAUUUUGAGCAGGACUCCUCCUAGGACUGUCCAUCAAAACAGAUGUGAAGCAGCAGCGUGCGCGGCUGCCAAAUUGGUUGGGACCGUCGUGGGAAUCAAAAAACAAAACGAAAAUUUAAGAGAUAAUGUAAAACCUCAUCCGCCAUUAGAUAAGAAAAAAUUGAAAGAAAAUGACGCUACCAGAACGGAAAAUCAGGUUGACCAGCAUCGAGUCGAGCAGGCUAAAAGAAGAUAUAUAGCAAGGAAAAAGGCGAUAAAUCAACAUGCAAAACAUCCUAAACAACAAGUACAAGCUCUUUAUGCCGUUCCGGUUCAUUUACAACAGAAAUUAUUAGAACUGAGCGAAUUACAACAAUCGUUAACAAACAAGAGUAUUUCUGACGCUAGUACUCAAACUGACACGCAAGAUUACGCCAUAGAUAAACCAAAAGAUUUGAAAAUGAAUGAUGUUCAGGUUCAAGUACGUCCUACUGAUCUUUUUGAUUUGAGUUCUGAAGUGAAGAGUAUUGUAGAAAUUCUAGUAACGAAAACUAUAGAGGAAGCUUUGAUCGAAGUAUUAGAAGAAGAAGAAAUGAUGACGAUGAAAGAACAACAACGGAGAUUCUUAGAAUAUAUGAUGACGAAAUCCAGCGAGGAUUCACUGAAGAACGAUCACGGCUUUAGUGACGAAAAAUUUUCGACGAAUAUGUUUUUAAAUAGUUACGUACCUAAUUUGAUAACCUCCGUAUAAAUAUAUAAUGAAAAACAAAUUUAACUCAAUUAAGACAUAAAUAAAAUUUAAUUCAUAAUUAAUUUAUCUUAGCGUAAACACUGGUCAUGUGAUAUAUGGGAAGAAGGAAUUAUCUAUUAUAUAGUUAAAAAAACUACAUUUAAAUUUCAACAAUAUAGAUUGGUGCUAAACCUUUAAGUUGGUUAGUAUACAAUAAAUCACAUUUUCUAAUAUAAUUUUAUAGAAUUUAAUUUC